AUGAAGGCUUCAGUCCAGGAGCUGGGAAAGGAGGCAGUGCUCUUGGGAGAAGCAGCAGAGGCCCCAGGCUUCCAGCUGAAGCCAGCAGAGUCCCAGCCAGUGGGCAUGUCCCAGGAGGAAGAAGUCUGGAAUAUACACCAGGGUCUACAAGAGCUGCUGAGCAGAAAUACCCACAAAGUACCUGAGCCUGUAUGUGAAAGGGUGGUACCUACUUACCAGAUCCUAGCCUUUCCUGAGCAAACAAACAUCAAAGAUUGGACAAUGACACCUGAGUUCAUCUUGCCUGAGUCCCAUAGUUUGCUGAAAUUUGAAGAAGUGGCCAUAUACUUUUCCCAGGAAGAAUGGGAACUACUGGAUUCCACUCAGAAGGCCCUCUACCAUGGCGCAAUGCAAGAAAACUAUGAGACCGUCAUCUCUCUAGCAUUAUUUGUGCUCCCCAAACCUAAAGUAAUCUCCUGUUUAGAGCAAGAGGAAAAGCCAUAUAUUCAAGGAUCUCCGGUGUUCAAAGACAAUCCUGGAGAGCUGCUUUCAGAGAUAAAGCUGAAAAAUGACAUGGAAAAUCAUCAACCUAUGUGUCUUUCUGACUUAGAAAUACAAGCACCAGGAGACAUAGUAUCAAAAAAAGCCAGUGUGAAUGUUCAUCAGAAAACAACGGGCAAAGAAAAUCAUGGUGAUGUACAUAGGCUGGGGAAAUGGCACCAAGAUUUUCCAGUGAAGGAAAGAAAGAAACUUUUCAACUGGUGGGAAGAAGAGCUGCUGAAAUUUACGGAGCUUCAUAUGAAAGAAUGUGCAACAGAGAAGCCUUUUAAAUGUCAGGAAUGUGGAAAAAGCUUCCGAGUUAGCUCUGACCUUAUUAAGCACCAAAGAAUUCACACUGAAGAGAAACCAUAUAAAUGUCAACAGUGUGAUAAGAGGUUUAGAUGGAGGUCAGAUCUUAAUAAGCACUUAACAACACACCAAGGAGCAAAACCAUAUAAAUGCUCCUGGUGUGGGAAAAGCUUCAGUCAAAAUUCACAUCUCCACACACAUCAAAGAACUCACACAGGACAGAAGCCCUUUACAUGUCACGAAUGUGGGGAAAUAUUCAGUCAAAAUUCCCUCCUUAUUAAACACCAGAGAACCCAUCUAUAA